AUGGCUCCCCGAAAAGCAUCAGCGGCAGCCAAAGCUGCCAGCGCCGACAGCAAGGUCACCAAGAAGACCGCAACUACCCCAGCUGCCAAGCGAGCUGCUACACCAAAGGCCUCUACGACCACCACAGCCACCAAGAAGGCGGCAGCCUCAAAAGAGGUCGCGCCAAAGAAGACCGCUGCGGCCAAGAAGGCCUCCACACCUGCUCCUGCGAAGCAGCGCGCUGGGUCUGCGAAGCCCACUACGAACGGCAACACAGUGGCUCCCAAGUCGAAGAAGCGCAAGGCUGAGGAGGACGAGGAGUCUGACGCCGUCCCCGAGACCAAGAAGGCUAAGAAGUCUGCUGCGAAGAAGGAACCCACCCCUGCCCCCACGGAGCCGGAGGACAAGCGUCCCAAGGUCGCCAUCGGGCCCAAGAUCAACGAAGCGCCGACCACAGUCCUCGAUGUCUACGUCUUUGGUGAGGGUACUUCUGGCGAGCUCGGUCUCGGCAGCAGACGCGUCAACGGCAAGAAGCCGAUUGACGUCAAGCGCCCCCGUCUCAACGAGAACCUGUCUGCCGAGAAGACCGGCGUCGUCCAGGUCUCCUGCGGUGGCAUGCACGUCGUCGCGUUGACGCGCGACAACAAGAUCCUCACCUGGGGCGUCAAUGACCAGGGCGCCCUCGGACGCGACACCACCUGGGACGGUGGCCUCAAGGACAUGGACAAGGCCGGCAGCGAAGACUCCGACUCUGAGGACGACGAUGACGACACGGGUAUGAACCCCCACGAAAGCACGCCCGCUGCCGUCUCCGAGGACUACUUUGCCAAGGACACCAAGUUUGUCCAGGUCAUUGGGUGCGACAGCGCGUCCUUUGCUCUGACCGAGGAUGGCCGCGUGUACGGCUGGGGCACCUUCCGAUCCAGCGAUGGUAUUCUAGGUUUUACCGAGACAAUCAAGAUCCAGCACACCCCGAUACUCCUCCCCUCGCUCAAGAACAUCAAGUCCCUAGCCAAGGGUGCGAAUCAUGUCCUCGCCCUGGAUCACAAGGGCAACGUCCUUGCCUGGGGCUGCGGUCAGCAGAACCAGCUCGGUCGCCGUAUCAUUGAGCGCAACAAGCUCACCUCGCUCAUCCCCCAGGGCGUCGGCCUGCCUCGCGGCAAGAUUGUUCGCAUUGCCUGCGGCUCCUACCACAGUUUCGCCAUUGAUACCGCCGGCCAGCUCUGGGGGUGGGGCCUCAAUAACUUUGGCGAGGUCGGUGUCGAGGGGAACGCGGGCGAGAACGACGCAGUCAUCCUCCGUCCGGUCAAAAUCACGGCCCUGACCGACCACAUUAUCCGUGAUAUCGAGGGUGGUGGCCACCACUCCGUUGCUUGCAACGACAAGGGCGAGCUGCUCACCUGGGGCCGCGUCGAUGGCCACCAAGUCGGCAUUGAUCCCAGCACCUUGACAGAGGAAAAUGCAAUUUUUGAUGACCGCAAGGUCCCUCGUAUUCUCUUCGUGCCCACCGUGGUGCCUGACAUCUCAAACGUUGUCGCUGUCGCCGCUGGCUUUGACAACUCCUUUGCCGUCACCGCCGAUGGCCGCGCUUUCUCUUGGGGCUUCUCCUCCAACUACCAGACCGGCCAGGGCACCAUUGACGACAUUGAGAAGCCCACGCACAUUGACAACACCGCCAUCCGCGGCAAGAAGAUCAUUGGUGCCGGCGCUGGCGGACAGUACUCCAUCCUCAUCGGCAAGGCUGAGGGUGUCGUCAACGGCGCCUAA